UUAUGACAACCAAACAUAACCUAUGAAAGACGUCGUUCUAAAAAUAUUUAAACUGAUAAAACCUGAUUCAUAUAAUAAAAAAUGAAAUGUUAAACGACGUGUUAAUCCAUUGUUCGUUCAGAAAUUGUUAAAAAUGUUUGUGUCAAUUAUACGGCAAGUCGGCAGAACUUCUAUUAUCACCAGGCACCCUUUCAGGGCAAAUACUCAGAUCAUCGAUGGCAAGAAAAUAGCCCAGGACAUUCAGAAGGAGCUGCGCAGAGACGUAGACGAGUGGAUGUCGAAUGGUAAAAGGGCCCCAUGUCUCGUCGCAAUUUUGGUCGGCAACGACCCCGCCAGUGAAAAAUACGUCAAGAACAAAAUGCUGGCGGCCCAAAACGUGGGAAUUACCAGCCGAACUGAGCGUCUCUCUUCCACCGUAACCGAGUCAGAAAUAAUUAAGAGGAUUGUUGAGUUGAACGAGGAUAAUUCCGUCGAUGGGAUUCUGGUGCAAUUGCCCGUUCCUGAAGGCGUUUCCGAGAGGAACGUUUGCAAUGCCGUUGAUCCUAGGAAAGACGUGGACGGGUUUCACGUCUCAAACAUUGGGAAGCUGACUUUAAACAUGGAUACGCUUGUUCCCGCCACUGCUUUAGCAGUCGUCGAGCUAAUUAAGAGAUCGAACAUCGAAACAUUCGGUAAAAACGUUGUGAUCUGUGGCAGGUCGAAGAACGUGGGUCUUCCGAUCGCAUUAAUGUUGCAUUCGGACGAACGCAACGCACUGCCAGGUUUCGAAUCCACCGUGACUCUAUGCCACAGACAUACCCCACCUGAAGAGUUGCACUUUUUCGCCAAACGUGCUGAUAUUAUUAUUUCUGCCACAGGCGUGGUUAACUUAAUCAAACCUGAGUUUGUUAAACCUGGUGCUUGCGUCAUUGACGUAGGAAUAACGAGAAUCCAAACUCCUGAUGGUAAAAACAAGCUAGUUGGAGAUGUUGAUUUUGAUGGGGUCAGUCAAGUGGCUGGUCAUAUUACUCCAGUUCCUGGCGGGGUUGGGCCUAUGACUGUCGCUAUGUUAAUGCAUAACACCGUGAAGGCUGCUAAAGCGCUCGCUCAAUAAUUAUUUGUUAUUUAUUAUGGUUGUUAACAGUAUUAUCAAUUUUUUUGUAUUAUACCUUGUGAAGGUAACUCAUGUGUUUAGUAAAUUGACAUAAAUGGACCAAGUAUGUAAAUUAAUUUGUUUUGUUUGAUUUGAUUUAACUUCAAACCUAGAUAUUUAGUAAAUUUGAGAAGGUUUUACUUGUAAAUGUAAGGAGAUUAUUAUUAAGUUUAAAUAAAUUUAAUAAUUAUUUGAAUUUCGAUCUGCCACAUAUGCCACAUAAAAUAAACAAAUAUAAUAUAGAUACUUUUUACUAAUAAACAGAAAAAUAAAUAUGGUAAUUUA